AAUUUUUACUAUCUGCCGUCAAAUAAAGUUGCUUCUGUGUGACCUAUAAGUCACGGGUUUAAGCAGUCACUAAUGUUAGUAUUAUGAUAGACUAUCUACAUCACACUCCUUAAAGUAUGACCCUUCCCCGAAUCCUACAUGAACGCGGGACGCUUUGUGCACCGAACUGCCUUUUAAACUAUAUGCUAGCUUUAGUGUUUUACUAUCUCAACUUUCACCCACAGGAAGAGGAGUUUUGGAACAACGGUCAAAUUAUCUCCAUGUAACCUAAAAGUCACGGGAUCAAACUGUGACAUCAUAGUAAGCUGCCUACAUCAUACGGUCCUUCCUCGGAUAUGAGCAAAUAAAGAAUACGUACACCGGCCUGUCCUUUUAACUUUCACCCACAAAUUUUUACUAUCUACCAUCAACCAACCAUAUAUACUUUUAAAAAAACGAUUUUCUUUUUCCAACUCAGCCCUCUCUAACACUCUAAUAAACUCUCCAAGUACAACCCACGACUCCUCUCAAAUUCAUUUUCACUCUCUCUUUCAACCCUUGUCAUCCAUAUUUUUCACCUCAACUUAAAAAACUUCAUUUUGUCAUAGUUUCAAGAACUUAAAAAAAAAAAUUUCAAAAAAAAGAUGGAGAAUGAGAAAGAACUGCCACCACUAGUGGAAGCGCCGCCGGUGGCGGUGGUAAUGGUGGAGGAAAACCACUCAACACAUACAUCUAUAGAAACACUGUUAGUUGUAUUAGCAGUGAUAACAAUACUUGGUGUUAUUGCUGGUAUAAUUGCUAGGUUAUGUGGUGGUAGACAUUUUAGUGGUUCAGGUGAAGAUGAUAUUGAAGGUUGGGUUGAGAGGAAAUGCAGAAGUUGCAUUGAUGGUGGUGUUUCAACUGCUCCGCCGCCGCCGCCGCCACAAGAAGAAGCUAAACCACCACCACCACCACCACCAGCAGCUGAAGCUACCACUACAACAGCAACAGAAGAAGUAAAGAAGUAA